UUAUGAAUAAUUUUAAUUGCUGAGAUUAAGAGAAGGAUCAGAGCAACUAAUUUUUUCUUAUUUUUUUCCUCCUUUUUUUUACUUCUGCAUGUUACUCGUUUGUGAGACGUUUACUGAUGUAAGGUUUUCUUCAAUUGAUUCCUUUUUUCUAUUGACAAUGCAUUUCUUGAGUUACACUAUCAUAUAUGCAAUUAUCCUGUCUUCUUAUGUAUUUGGCAUUAAUCAUCAUAAAGUGGAAAUAGAAGAUAAUGAAUUUGCAGAAUUUGAAGAGUUUGAUGAUGAGGAAGAAAUUACUCCAAAAGAUGAUGAUGCUAGUAAAUUAAAUUCUGAAGUAAAACCUCCAGCUCCUCCAAUACAAACAUUUGAUGAUGAAGUUCAAAUUGAGGAAGAUGGAGAAGAGUUUGAGCAUUUUCAAGAUGAAGAAGAGUUUGAAGGUCUGGAUCAGGAAGUUCCACUUUCUAAAGGAAAGCCAUCUGAAAAACCUGACCUGAAAAUAACUAAAGUUCCUUUGCAUCUCAGACGAAACUGGGAGAGCUUUUAUUUAGAAUUCUUAAUGAUUGCUGGGCUCUUAGUGUAUUUCAUUAAUUUUAUUGCAGGACGUAAUAAAAAUCAAAAAUUAGCAAUGGCUUGGUUCAACUCACAUCGACAGAUUUUAGAGAAUAAUUUUGCUUUAGUUGGGGAUGAUGGUAAAAAAGAAAUUGAAAAUCCUGGCCUUCAAAAAGAAUCUGAAAAUAUUUACACACUCUGGUGUAGUGGCAGAGUAUGUGUAGAAGGAAUGCUUGUUGAAUUAAAAUUUUUAAAACGUCAAGAUUUAGUUAGUGUUAUAUCUAACAUGCUAAGACCUGCAUCUGAUCAAAUUAUUGUGAAGGUCACUAUGAGUCCAGAUGCAAUGGACAACUUUGUAUUUUGCAUUGCAAAUAAGAAGACUGCUGCACGUUUAGUAAAGGAAAUGAGUGACCUCGUAAGUUCCAGUAUUGUG